CGCCAAUUUAAUUAUUCAGGUUUAUGGAGUUGUUUUUAUAAAGAUCUUUUACGUAUGCAGCGUGUUUAGGUAUGUAUACAUCACAACUGACAGAAGAAGAGUAUCACAGAGCAAGGUCACCUGAAAGUUUAUGACUGGUUUCAUCGCUAGUUUAUGAUCACGCGCCAAAACUUGAACUUCGCUUCUUAAUUCAGAUCUUAACUUUAAAAUUGGAAAUCUAUAAUUGUUUAUAAUAUCUUACAUCAGAAAAUGUAAAAUAUGUAGUGUGGGUUUUCCGUGUGGAGGAUGUCAGGUGUUGAAUAAGUGUGAUGUUUUUGGUUUCCUUUCACAAUGUAUUUUUAUAACCAAUGUCGAAGAAACCUAUUUGAAAAUUUGCUAUGUCAUGGUUUUUUACCCACGGUAAUGUUACUCCCUUUUUAUAUAACAUCACCAGCCUUAACACUUGACAUGAGACCUGUGCCUUAUUAGGGUGUGGUACAGCAUCUAUGACCACUCAGGAUCGCACCUGUACCUCUUACUGCCUCUCCAUUUUGCAUGUUCCAAGACCCCACCAUGCAAUAGACCUUGUCACGGUUUUGGAAGCCAUCUUGACGGGUGGGCAACCAUGUGAGAAAUUACAGUGUUUGUAUGAGAAUCAAAUGCCAAAUAAUUUCCUAAAAAUGACUGUUCUGAAAAAAUAUAUAUAUUAUGAAUUGUAAUCUCCCAAGGAUUCUAAUGAAAAAUUUGAGGAGGGUUACAUGCACUAGAACCACUUUUUAAAAUUUUCGGCACAUAAGUCUGUAAAAAUUUUUCAUCCUGCCAACUAAAAUUCUGAGGAAAAAUUGCAGACAAAUACUUGGAAAAUCUAAAGGAAGGGUCUGGAGAAAUUUAAGCGGAGAUACUGCCCCCAAAGUUUGUUAGUAGAAUCCUUUGCUGUGCGGCUUUAGUUUACAAUUCAUAUUUUUUUCAGAACAGCCAUUUUACAGAAAAAUUGUUGGACAUUAGAUUCUCAUACAAGCACUGUUAUUUCUUACGCAAUUGCCUACGCGACAAAAUGGCUUCCAAAACCGUGACAAGGUCUGUUUGUGCUGUAGCAACAACAUCUCUGCAAUUGUGCCUUACAGAAAGGUACAAACUCAGUUUUUAGCGUUUCCCUUUAAUAUUUAGGACACUUACACAGUUUUUGUAUGCAAUGAGUAGUAUUAAAGUAUUAUAUCUAUUUUUAAUCUAUUUGUAUUAAAUUAUGAAAGUUGUAACUUGGAGUUUCCCACCCAACCCCAAACUAAUGAGACAUUUCUUGGGAAUGAGGUUAGGGGUGAGGUAUUCAUAAAAGUUCCACAAGUCAGUACCCAAUUUACCUAGAAUGCUAGGUCUUACAUUCUAGCAACCUAGAAGAUUUUUAAUUUUCCUAGAUAAGCACUUGAUCUUUGUAAUGGAAGAAGAUAAGAAUCUCUUAGUAAUAGCAGUGACAGAACACCUACCCAAAGAGGAUGAUGAUCUUCAAGCUGAAGAAGCUGUUGCCCCUGAAUUGUCAGCACAGUUGUUAGUUAAAAACAGAGACAAAUUUGAAGUGUUGGGCGAUAUUGUUGACUGGUGGCUUUAUGUAAAGAAUAUUGAGAGUGAAGAGAAAGGUUACAUCCCCAGCACAUGUGUGGUGCCAUUAAAGGAUGAUUUAACUGAUGAAGAGUAAGUUAUAGGCUAGUUCAAAUCACUGAAUAGAACAAUGAAACCUGCUGAGAAGAUUAUUGUUAAAUAUUUUGACAUUAUAUUAUUUUUAUAAAUUGUGUUAUAGUAUGCCAAUGGUGUCUCUUUACUUCUGAGACCCUGUGUCCUCUUUUUGUUUUGAACUGAUGGCAACUUUCAGACUUUCUAUUCAUGUAUUACUUAUCCCACUUAGCAAGUGGCAGCUACACCUCUCAAUAGACCAUGUUUACAGCAAAUGACAAAUGAAACCCAACUUGUAUUGUUGUGUUCUCCAAAGUUACCCUAGGAUUUGAGGACCAUGUACUGUCGCAACAAUUUUGUUGCCAAUCAUAACAAAGGUGAACAGUCAUCAUCUUCACAGUUUUUGUAUAAAGCUGUGUUACAACCGAAAUAUUGAACUUCUCACAUCUAGUUUAUUUUCCUCUUACGUAGUUCUUUAUUAUUUUUAUCUCUAAAUAGUAAUUCCAUAAAGGAAUGAUAAGUAUUGUUUUCAUUUUUUUUUUUAAAUAUGGUGUUAUGGUAAUCUGGUGGUAUUGAUGAUGUUCUUAUAUGUUAAUGAAUUAUGUUACUUGGUUGAAGGUCAAAAGCAAUAGAUAAUGGUGAGGAGUUAACAGCUGGUUUGGUGAAUAUGUCAGUUGACUUAAAGUUUUUUCCUCAUGCUCCAGUGCAGAAAAGUUUGGUUAAUAGGGUAAGCUACGUCUUCUUGUAUUUUGUAAUGAUUACUUUAUUACUAGUUAAAUUUCAAGGAGAUGGGAAAGUUUAAAGGUCAGUCACACCAGCUGUAACAGUACUUUAUACGUGUGCAGCUUUACUAGCUAUAAGCACAUACAGCAGCUUGUUUUCAUGUGAUUGUUGCCUCAAAAUGGGUUGUUUUGACAAUUUUAUGCAUUCCUAUUAAUCAUUUUGGGCAUUGCAGAGACUGUUUCUUUUUCUCUAGUUUUGUUGUGGCAAAUCACCAAAACAUCCACAAUAUGGCAAGUGUGGAGCUCUCUGUUUAGUGUCUUUCUCAGCAGUUACAGACUUCAAUGUACUUAAUAUUCGCUAAAGUAAUAAUGCCACACAAUGUUCAUGUAUACCAGUAUUCCAUGCACAUAGAGCCCAGUUUUCUAUUCAAGGUGAUCAAAAAAUAAAUAUAUAUAAAUAAAUAAAUACUGUAUCUUUUUUGCAGGAUCCUUGUCCAGAAGAUUCAACCAACAUUUUUUACAGGAUUUCAUUUUGGUGGCUGAAUAGGUAAACAGGACUGUUAAAUUGUUCAGAAGUUUCAUAACAAAUACUGCUAUUGCCUUAUUUUGUUGUUGUUGUUGUUUAUAAGCAAUGCUGGCUGAAAGAAUCCUUGUGGCAAGAAAAAUGCAAGACAAAGGAACACUGACAAAUCCAUAUAUUACUUAAGUCAAUGUUACAAUGACAAAGAAAAUAAUAUUUUCCUUCUUCGAAACAUAAUAAAUGAUAACAAAAAAUAAGAGGUCACGGCAAAUUAAGGUUUUCUGAGUGAAACUUUGUUUCUCUCUUAGUAUUUUAUUCCUUCAUAAAGUAAGUUAAUGUGUUUACAACGAUUGUUAUUUUGGCAGAUUGAUCUAUACUGGUUUUAAGAGGCCCUUGACAGAUGCCGAUUUGUGGGCUUUAAAAAAAUCAAACAGAGCUUUAGCAGUAGUGCCACCAUUAAGAAAAAAGUGGAAGGAAGCUCAAACCUCCCUCAGGUGAGAAAUCUGUAAUUUUUUAGAAUCACUAAAGCCUGCAUUGCAGAUGUGCUCUUUAGUUUGACCCAAUGUUUCUUUCUUAUCAAAUCACCAUGUUGAAACUGUCAUAUUCAAUCACAAAAAAUAGAGGAGUUUCCUCCUUUCACACUAAUGCCUAUACAACUAGCUAGGGAUCCCUAUUCUUUAGCCUUUUGUUAUGAAAUAAGAUGGCUUCUACAGCAGUAUGGACAUAAAGAAACCUCUUUCACCCUUCCAAAAAUACAACUGCAUUGCAGGCUACCAUUUAAUAUUCUUUCACCCCCUGUUUGCCAGCCUCAAAGUUAAAAAUACUUUUUUAAAUGAUGCAUGGAUCAUAGAAUUUCUGAAAGAGAAAAUGAGAAAAGAUUUGAGUUCACCUCUACUUGACAGUAUAUUCAAGAUACAAAAGUACACACUAUAGUGAAAAAUUAUAUAGUGAUAAAUUUUAUCAGACAUUGAGAAUUUUUGUUAAGUAUGCGACCCUGUCAGAAUGAGCCAACAUUACAACAGCUGCUGCAGUUUUAAACAGGUAAUGCAUCCAGCUACGCUCAGCCAUCGCCCACCACCCCCCCACCCCCCCCUUUCCCGUCCCCGGGCUACUGCAGUGCAUUUGCCCACCUCAUCAGUCCCGGGGGUGGGGCAUUUGCAAAUUUUGUGCUGCCCAGGGGCCUGGCAUUUGCAAACCGCGGGGCCAUUCUCGAGCUUUUGACAUGCACACAGUUUUCUAUCAGAAUAUAACUACACAGAGGAUUAUACUGGGAAAGAAAGCAGAUUGGAUCAUCUGUCAAUGACAGGAAAACAUUGAAGAGGGUUGUAAAGGCAUGUGCUUGAUUUUAUGCAUGCACUUCUUCACUGCUUAACAAGCCAGACUUACAUAGCGAAAUGGGGUUAGGGGCGCAGUUGGAAUUGACUGAUGCAUAAUAAUUAUGCCCCCCCAAAAUUCUGCAUAAGCAUUGUUUUCAAUUUCUCUAGGGAUGGCCUUAAUACCCAGGAGAAAUGAAAAACAAAGGUUAUGCAAAAUUUGGGGGGGAGGGGGGAGCAAAUAAGGUGCAUUAUGGGAAAUGUGGAAGUGGUGUAUACUAAUAAGUCAUCUAAACUUUCUGUUCUAAUUAUAUUUUCCAGAGCUUCAUCUAGAUCUCAGCAUAUGGAACCAACUGAUAAUGAAAGAGCUGAACUUAAGGCUGAUGAUGUUGAGGAAGAAGUAAAGUUUUCUUCAGAUGGCAAGAAAAAGGAAAAAAGACCAUCACUCCCUAGAAUUAUAGUUGGACAGUUCCGCUCCAGCUUCCUGUUGGCAAUUUUUUUUAAACUGUUAAAUGAUUGUAUCAUGUUUGUACAGCCUCAGUUACUCAGGUUUGUUUACAGCUUUUUUUAUUAGAGCAAUGAUUCGUACAUGCAUAGUUGCUAACUAACAUUCUUUAUGCUGGAGUUUGUUGAGUGAUCACCAUCAAUUUUUGCAGAUGAAUUUAAAGUUUCUGUUGAAUUCUAAAUUUUGAAGUGUGCGUAACGUAAAGCAAGAUGUAAAGCAGGACAUUUAGUUCAGACUUGAGUUUGUUUGUUUAUUUUUAGUUUAAUCUUUAAUAAUGUAGUCAAACCCCGUUAAUACAGACAUUGAGGGCGGGCCAAAGAAAGUGUCCAUAUAAGAAUAGCGAAAAUGUGAGAGCUUACUAAUACCCCAGGGACAAUAACAAGGUGUCUAUUUUAAGUGGGUGUCUGUAUUGCAGGGUUCAACUGUACUUCAAAAUUCGUGCAGCCUCUUAACAUUUUGGGGGUUCACCUGGCUACUGCAAAGUAAGAUCCAUGACAGCAUAUUAUCAAACAGAAACUCAAUCAUACAGGUUGCAAUUACUAGAAAAGGGAUGCCUUUAUUGUUAACUAAAUAUUUUAAUUUAAGUCUUUUUAAUCUGUGACCUUAAUUAUUAUUUGUUUUAGAUUAAUAAUUGCCUAUACUGAGGAUAAAAACAACCCAAGUGGAAAAUGGCGAGGAUAUGUUUUAAGCAUCAGCGUAUUUGCAGUGGCAUUAACUCAGUCCAUUGCUCUUCAACAAUACUUUCACAUUGUUUUUACUCUUGGAAUGAAAAUAAGAACAGCUGUUAUAGGCAUGGUUUAUGAAAAGGUAAUGGCUCAGUGCAGGCUAAACUGAUUCAAAGCAUUUGUCAAAUACAGUCAACUCCCUUUAUUGCGGACACUGUGGGGACCUUGAGUUGGUGUCCUCAUUAGCGAGAGUCCGUAAUAUCGCGAGUUUAUUUCAGUCAAACAUCUGUAAUUUAUUUUUGCCUGGGAUUUGGCUGCUGUCUGUAAUAUCGGGGUGUCUGUUAUAGCGGGGUGUCCGCAAGGCGGGAGUUGACUGUACCCAGUAAGAUGAUCAUCCGAAUUUCUUAUUAAUAUACAGUUAAAAGCUGUUAAAGUGCAUAUAACCAACACAUAGUGUUCUAAAAGAACAUAUACACUGUGUACUUGCCUAAAUCUCAAAAUACAUGAAAGUACUUUUGCUCAUACACAUUAGAGUAUGUUUAUUAUACUGUUCAAUACAGUGAUUUCAACUUAACCCAUGAGACAUAUUACAGAUAGUGCUAAAUAGUUACAAGCAAACAAAAUUAUUAUUAUUAUAUAUUAAUGAAAUCAGAGUGUAAUACUGCAUAGUAAUGUACUAUCUUUUUAAGGGUUAAGUUAAGUAAAAUCACUCUAUUAUUGUUGUUAAAUUAAAUAUGUGUUGUGUCCAGGCUCUUCUCCUGAACAAUAGUGCACGGAAGGAAUCCACAGCGGGAGAAAUGGUUAACCUCAUGUCAGUGGAUGCACAGCGUCUUAUGGAUCUGAUGACUUAUGUAAACACUGUCUGGUCUGCUCCACUUCAGAUUAUAGUAUCAUUGUAUUUCUUGUACAAUACAAUGGGUGUAUCCAUCCUCGCUGGUGUGGGAGUUAUGAUACUUUUGAUUCCUGUGAAUCUCCUUGUCAGCCGAUUUGCAAGAAGUAUUCAGGUAUUAUUGUAACACAUUUUAUUUUUUACUAUCUUAGUACAUGAAAAAUCAUUUAAUUAAAAAACUUGAGUUCUAUUUUUUCCAAAUAGCAGUCACGUUUAGUGAUGGACGUAAAAACAACCUUGUCCUCUAUGUUUUUAUGCAAAUAAGAUAUAGAGGUCUGAACUAUAUACAGGGUGAAUGACAAUAUUAUUUGUGUGGUUAAUCUUAAUUAACUUACAAUUUCCUUCUACGCUAACUUUUUAAUCACUAUUGUUAAUGAUGUUAUCAUUGACAGAUCCCAUUUUCAUCAUUAUACUGUCAUUACAUGAUUUUCUAUCUAUCUAUCUUCUACACUGUAUUUAUUAUUCAUGGCUGUGCUCUAAGAAAAAUUCUAGGGAGCCCAACGAACUAACUUUGCUGUUUUGCCUAACCAACUGAAUUGCUAUUUGUGAAUUCCAAGUUUGGUGCGAUAUAUUGUUUGUAACUAUGUUAAUUAGUCUCAAAUUAUCAUGUUUUUUAAAAAAAAUAAAAUUAUUGUAUGUGUGUUUUUGAAAUUUAUUUGUUAAUUUCUUUCAAAUGACAUGUGUUUCUGGGUUAAAAGUAUUUACCCUCUCAAAAUAAAGAAAUGAUGAAUUGUAUUGUAUUGAAAAUGGAAUGAAGGUAUUUAUUUGUUUUUAAAAAAUUAAAAUUACCCAUUAUUGUUCAAAAGAUUUUUGAAAAUGAUGGAGAUGGCUUAAUGGAAAAAGGUAUUCAUUUGUCUGAUAUUGUUCUUUUGUGGAGUGGGGAAAUGGCUAAUAUGGUGUAGGGACUGGCAGAAUAUGCCAAGCUACUUCUCAAUAUUGAAAAUAAAAGUUUAACUCCAUUCCACCUAUACUCUCUGGACACUGACCACACAUUUGAUAUAAGUAGGUACUAAAGAGUCAUGUGUGUAAGUUUCUGUCCCAUUGUAGCAACAGUUUGUUCACAGUUGUUUUUUCUAAACCCCAGCCCAGCUAAUGUCAUUAACAUAGCUGGUAAUCACUGCAUUUUUGUCAUUUGUGAUCAAUGUAUGGUUCCACUUGAAUCCCCUGUGGCAGAUGCUCCUGCUGAGUAUUCCAAUACAAAAAUUAAGAAUUUGUUCAUGCUUAGCGUGCGUAUAUCGAGUUAUGGAUGCACGCGGGAAGUUUGGAGAGCACGAAAGAUACGUAAGAGUUGCACGAGGCGAUAGCCGAGUGCAACUCUAGCUUCUUGAGUGCUCUCCAAACUUCCCGAGUGCAUCCAUAACUCGAUAUACGCACAGCUAAAAGCAUGCGCAAAUUCUUUUAUAACAUAGCUGACAAAAAUGCUUGAUUUUUGAUUAACUGCAAAAUUCUCGUAACGCGUCACACAAUAACAAAGGGUUCUAUUGGCUGAUUACGAACACGCCACAAUCGUCUAGUUUGAACGAAAAUAUUCUUUCUGUAAAACUGAGAAAGUAAAUUUGCUUCUUUAUUCGUUAACGAUCAAUGGAAACUAAGCAGAAACAAAGGUAAAGGAGUCUUAAAGUUCACCUAAAGUUAAAAUACUAACAUGUUCGUAAGAAGUCGUGGAGUAUGGUUUGGAUUUGCUGAAGAGAUGUUUACGUUUUGCUCGGCGAAAUCCAGAAAACAUGUUUUUAGCGACGACGACUGUCAUCCUUCUUUAAACUUAUAUUCAUUUACGAACUUUGGCUGGUCAUUACGGCUUCUAGAGGAGACCUGGCAGCAGUUGUUUUUGUGAGUAAUAAAUUUAUGUCUUCUUGUGUAAUUUGUGUUGUUAUUGCGAGAGAAAUUUUCCUGCUUCAGUCGGAUUGUCCGGAGAUAACAAAAGUGCAUAACAAAUUUAAAAACAACAAUAAAAACGGAAAUGUUACCCAUAAAUGUUGGUGAUGACCAGUUGGUGUUUGUUCUGUUCCCAGUGAAUGUCUUUCGGCCAAAAUUUGCUGGAGCUGGUCUUCCGACAAAUUUGCGAAACUCGCAACUUGCGAGUUUUUUAAUUCGCUUUAUUUUUGCUGCUUGUUCGAGCAGGACCUAAAGGUCAAUGCCGAUAUAAAAAUCGGGCAGCUCUUCGCUGGUUUCUUCCGAAGGAAAACUGCACUACAGCUUAAAAGACGAGAACUGUACUUUGCAGCCAGCUAAAAAAAAAAAAUGCUCACGUCAUCUUAUUUACGCACGGGCGUGCGUAAAUAAAGAUUUUGUUCAUAGCGGCUCAAUAGAACUUAUAUAGGGCAAGCACGCGCGCUAUGUUAUAAGAACUUAUUAUCCCUAGGCUUCUGCAGUAGAGAGAAAUAAUGCAACACCUUUCAUAAGCUAGGGAGCAGAGUCUCACAUAAAAUAUAACACCACACUGACUUGCAUCAUAGGAGUGCCUUUUAUUUUUGUGUGUUUGUUUAGUUUGUUUUGUUGUUGUUGCUGUUGAGUUUUUCUUCUUCAUUUUAUACAUCACUUUAUUGCUUAUCACUUGGUAUUAAUUUAAUAAACUUAUUAUUGAUUCUCAGGUCCUUAAACUUUAUGCCUGGGAAACUUCAUUUAUGAAAAGCAUUUCUAAGCUUCGCAACAAGGAAUUAAAACAUUUGAAGAAUGCUUCCUACCUCAAUGCAUCAUUUGCUUUUACAUUCACUUGUGCUCCAUUCCUGGUAAGUAUGAGUUUCUAGUUUAUUCAGGGAUACAAUAUUAAUAAUAUUAUAUUAAAAAAUAGCCGUAAAUUAAAUACUCAAUUAUCCUCUUCCCAUAUCGUGCUUUUUAGGGACAAUGAAACAAAUAAUUCAGAUGGAGCAUAGCAAGGUUUUAAGAAUCCCAUAGUAGGAGUUGAAUUAUUUGGCUGUUCUACAUCUGUAGCAGAGGAUUUGAACUUGUAACUACCAAGAACCAAUCCAGCUUAAGCUGCAAGGAGAAACUAGGGGCCUUGUCCAGAUUACCCGUCCAGCACUCUAAUCACUUGGCCACUCUGUCUUUACUCAUUUUCUAUUUUUGCUGGAUCACCAUUGUCUAAUACAUGACCUCUCUACUGCACAUUAAUAUUGUAACUUACUGUUAAACAGUGCAGGAGUUUCAAGUGUCUGAUAUGAUAUCUGUUUCCUACCACAGGUGUCCUUAGCCACUUUUGCAAUUUAUGUUUUGACUGGAAAUGAACUGACAGCAUCCAAAGCCUUUGUUGCCAUUUCACUGUUCAAUAUUCUACGCUUUCCACUUGUUAUGCUUCCAAAUAUAAUAGUUAGCAUAAUCCAGGUAAUUACAUUUGAUUUUUUCCUUCCUCUACACAAAGCAUUUUAUUAACUUGUUGGACUGGUAAUUUUGGUAAACUGUUGAUCAGAUAACAUCUUGUGACUUCAGGCCCAAGUCUCUCUAAAACGUUUGACAAACUUCCUAAGUCUUGAUGAGCUUGAUCCUGGUAAUGUAGAGAAGACCAUGCCAGACCACAGUAAGUCAUUUGAGCCUAGUUUGUAAAGCCAAUUUAGUUGAAAGAGUACAUGCUAAGCAUGUUACUAACUGUUUACCAAAUCUCAUUGUAUUUACUGUCUUUAAAAAUUUUCAAGACCUUGGAAAGGUUGGUCAUGGCAUGUUUAACCUUGAAUUGUUAAUUAAAUUUUAGUCAGUUCACAAGCCAUCCAUGUUGAAAAUGGAACAUUCAGCUGGGAUAAAAGUGAGAAACCAACACUUAAAGAGUGAGUUUGAUUUAACUUAAGGGAAGAGUUUUAUGUUUUAUUUUUUAAACCCCCAGCUCUUAGCUUGCUGCUACUUUAAUCCUUUUGAAGGAUGAAACCCUACCUGAAUCUCUUGACCCUGCAACUAUUGAGGAAGGGAAGGAGCAGACUGAGAUAUAUUCCACGAAUCACAAACAGUUUUCUUUUUAUUUACAAGCCUCUGUUUCAUCAUCAGCCUUGCCAAUAUUAUUGAGCAUUAUUCUUGUUGUGGUUUUCCUGGAGAUUUUGCCCUUGGUAAUGUUAGGUUGGUUUCUCUUGCAGCAUAAAUUUAAAUAUUCCAAGUGGUUCACUUGUGGCAGUGGUUGGUCAAGUCGGUUGUGGGAAAUCUACUCUGUUAUCUUCGUUACUUGGAGAAACUGAAAAACAACAUGGCAAAGUUUAUGUACAGGUGUAAAUAAUAAUAAGGUGUAUUUCAUUAAUUUGUAGUUUCUUAUAUUUUAUCUUAACCUGACUGAAUUUUCUACUACAUGCAGUGUACAUUGCAUCUGCUUCAAAUUCAUUUUCAGUUAUAAAAUGACAGUGUCUUUGGCACACAGAGCAUGCAGCCACAAAUGGAGUUUUAGUAGCCACUAAAAGCUGUUCUAUUCCUAUAAGAAAUACCAGUUAUCUUUCUUUCAUUUCAGGGAUCUGUUGCAUAUGUACCUCAACAAGCCUGGAUACAGAAUGCUACUCUGAAGGACAAUAUUCUGUUUGGAAAGACCUUUGAUUGGAAGCGUUAUGCUAAAGUGAUUCAUACGUGUGCUCUACAAACUGAUCUGGAUAUCUUACCAGGGGGAGAUCUGACAGAAAUUGGUGAAAAGGUGCUGAUCACUGUUAUCUUAUUUCUGCUGACAAUUAAACAACACAACAAUCUAUUCCAAAAUGCAAAAAGCUGUCAUGGGCCUACACUUUUUUACUUGUCAUUCCUGCUAUCCAUCUUCCUAAAUAUCUCUUCUAGUCAAAAGAUUUGUAUGUAAGCUUAUAAUAAACUACUUAUAUACUUUUAAAAAGAUUGAAAAAUAUAUGUUUAUUUUCUUUAGGGCAUAAACCUGAGUGGAGGACAGAAACAGCGAGUGAGCUUGGCGCGUUCAGUGUAUUUUGAUGCUGAUAUCUAUCUGUUGGAUGAUCCACUCAGCGCUGUCGAUUCACAUGUGGGGAAACACAUCUUUGAUAAAGUUAUUGGACCAAGAGGAAAGCUGCGAAAGAAGGUGCAGUAUAUAUAGUGAGAUGCCCUUAAAUUAAAUUUAAUGCCAUAUUGUACUUGUAUACUUAAUUAAAUAAGGCAGCCCCAAAAAAGGGAGAGUCAGAAACCUAAAAUAUUGCAUUUAAUGUCUUCCAUUGUAGACACGUGUGCUUGUUACACAUGGCAUUUCAUUUCUUCCUCAAGUUGAUCAGAUAAUAGUGUUACAAGAUGGCAGAAUAUCAGAAGUAAGUGAUUGGCCAUUUGUUAGCUCAAAAGUUUAUGGGGCUAAUUAACCCUUUUGCCCCUGAACUGCCCUUAAACACCUGGCGCAUGCCAGUCCACAUCCCUUGUAAUCCUUCUGACAAACCCUGCUUCAAGGACAAAUUUGUCAUCUUACUUGUGCAGGGGAAAGAGAUCUUUCCAGCUGCAAUGUGUAGCAAAAUGAACGCAAUUCAGUCAAGGAGGCUAGAAAAAAAGGCAAAAAAAAACAUGUAGAGUUGACCCAAAAAUUUGGUUCAAAAUCUUGUUCCACUAUCUUCUCCAGCAUUCGCAUGCACCUUGAAAGUCCUUAAAUUUUAAAAUAAAAGUUAAAGGCCUUGAAAGUCCUUGAAAAUUGCAGUCAGUGCUGGAAAGUCCUUGAUUUUCAAUGCUAUAACUUCAUAGUUUAAGUAGACCUCCAAAGAGAAAGGAACAAACACAGGAAGACCUUCAGGAGAAAAUUACUCAUGUUGUGGAAGAACUAAAAAAGACUCAAGGCUCUUUUUUGCACAGAAUGGAGUCCUCGAAAAAUGGGAAAAGUGUCCUUGAAAUUAAAAGUCCUUGAAUUUUUUGUUUAAAAAAAGAUACGAACCCUGCUUCUCGCACUUCCUUCCAUAUCUAAUCGUUCAAUAAUUAAACCUCUCCCAAAAACAAUUCCACUCAAAAUAAAGUCUAUACAAAUGCCCUACAAAAGAAACUUAAAAACGGGGCAAGAAAAAUGAAAUAUAAGUUAGUGGGGAGGGAUACUGUGUCACUUUUAAACCUAAAAACUAUCUCAAAAGUUUGAUAAAAGCGAAGAACAGCUCACCUCCACCGACUGUCGGCCAACUGUCGGCCGACAGAUAACCAACAGUUUACCGACAGGUCACCGACAGAUCACCGACAGUUUACCGACAGUCAGCUAAAGAAAAAAUACUACACUGAAACCUAUGACAAAAUCACCGGUAAAACAAAAGUAUCGAAGUCUAAGGCGAAACGAAGAACAGCUUACAGUAAACACAGCAAAAGCAAAGAACAGCUUACCGUAAACACGGGGUAUAACCCCAAGUUUUGAAGUUCAAACUUUGAAAACCAAAGGGUUUUUAAAAAAUAAAAAGGUAAGUUACAGAAUUGGCUUUCGAAGACGCUGUAACAUACUGUAACAUACUAUAAGAAAGCAAAUAAGAAUAUGGUCAAUAUCAUUGAUAUUAAUAUGAUUGAUAAUAUGGGAGGGACUGGGACAAAGUUAUAAAUUACAAAUUGAGAGGGAUUGGGGCGAAGUUAUAAAUUACAAAAUGGCGGACGGGGCAACGAUCGUUGAACGAGAAAGAAAGUCUCAAUGGAGAUUAUGCUUAAGAAAAUAGAAGGGUAUGUGAUUUAUUUUGCAAAUCUGGAAUUUCAACCGAGUCUACCGACAAACCGACAGAUUACCAACAGACGAACCAGUCGGCCAAACGUUACCACUUUUUGGUAAGAGUUUUUUUAAUAGCCAAGACAGUGAGUCAGGAAACAGUUCUUCAACCCUCUGUGCAUGCCUAAUUAACUGAUAUUUUGCAUUUUUGCAAGCUAAUUUUGGUAAGAUUUUUUUAAUAGCCAGACAGUGAGCAGGAAACAGCUAACCUCAACAUUUAACAUGUUUUUGUAGCAAUUUUCGAGAAAUGAAUGGCUUAACUUUGUCCCGGUAUAUCAUGUCUGCUAAUCCAUACAGGAAAAGCAUAAAUACACCAUUGAUUCCAGCACUGGUCUUUUUAGGUUGGAACACAUGAGGAGCUUGUGAAAAACCAAGGUGCUUUUGCUGAAUUCUUGAGCACGUAUGCAACAGAACAACAAGCAAACCUGGAAUACAGUCAGUGUCUUUUUCUUAUUUCUUACUCAUAGUGAAACUAAGAAAACUGUAAAGACCUGGAGUGUUUCAAGAGUUUUGAUGGUAUAGUGAUCUGCACCUGAGCAGAAGCAUACAAAAAAAAUUACAAUAUUAUCGUUGCUGCUUCGUCAGACUGUUAGCUACUACUUGAAGUCACACAGCAUGCAGUUCUCUGCUAUAUAACAGCAAGGAAACAAAAGAUGUAAUCAACAGUAAUGUUGUACUUUGGUUUAACCCUUUAAGUCGCACUAAUGACCAACAACAAUCCUAACAAUAUCCAUACACUGUCAAGAGAUAAAGUUAUGAGAAUUAAUAAAAUGAUCAUAGAGAAAAUUUCAUGAUCUUUUAUCAAAUUCUCUCAAAUAAUUCUUAAAGGAGAUGUAUGGAGAUCAGUUUGGAGAAUUUGUCUGUGGAUACUGGGGCUUAAAGGGUUAAACUUCAUCUUUCAUCUGCAGGGAGUUAAAUGUACAACUAGUUUGUGAUACAAACAUGUCAUUGGAAGCAUAAAAGUAACAAAACAAAAAGAUGAUGAACAAAAUUAAAUGCUACAUGAAGAAGAGAAGUUAAUGUUUUACAUGGGUAUUCAGUGGAGUCAUGUUCCUGCCUGAAACUAUGCACAAGCCUUGAAGCCUUUGCUUGAUUUUUAUUGAUGUUUUGGGUUUUUUAUUAUGAUAUUAUGACAUUGUUGUUACGUUCCUUGUGGAGUAGUCAUGAAUCCAGGGUCAGGACCUUAACAAAUAUCUCCUUUGGACCAGACAUAGUUCUCUUUUGUUUUUUCUCAUACAUGUUAUGUAUUAUCUUUAUAUAAUAUAUAUAAUUCAUUUUUUUUAUGAAAUAGCUGAGACACCAGAUCUAGAAAUUGUGGAGGAAACAGAUGGGCUGCACUUGGGCAUGGGGCAAAGCCUGGAGAGAUUAGACGACAGCAGCCAUAUUGAUGUACCACAAAAUAAUCUAAGGAAACGAGCUGACAGCUUGUCUGUUAUUACUGUUGAUACUGCUGAUCUAGACUGUCAGCUGACCAGACCAGAUCAAGAACAGAUCGAUAAAAUGAUCGAAGAGGAAAAAUCCAAAACUGGAAGGGUAUGUAUUCAUCGCCCAGAAAGGGAUUAUUAUGGAUUAUUAUACUCUAACUUAGGGCAAGGACCUAACCUGCUCUCAAAUCAGUGGUUGGUGAAUUAGGUUGAGUGUCAGCUUACAGUGCAAUCAUUACGAUAACUACACUGAAACCAUUUUUAUGCUGUUUUUUGCAGGUUAAAUUUUCAGUGUUCUGGGCAUAUGCCAAGUCCCUGACUGUGUUCCUCUCCUUAUGUAUUCUUAUGUUUGUCUUGAUUGGGGAGGGAAGUGCUGUUGCAUCAGGCAUCUGGCUUGCAAGAUGGAGUUCAACCAGUGUCACUUCAGACAAAGAGCGCGACUUGUUCCUUGGAGUUUAUGGUGGCCUGGGCUUGUCACAAGCCAUCUUUGUUCUCUUUGCAUCCAUUUGUAUGGCUCUUGGAUCCAGAGUUGCCUCACGUCAACUUCAUGAAAACAUGCUAGUUAAUAUCAUGCACUCUCCUAUGUCAUUUUUUGAGACCACCCCUCAAGGCAGAAUUAUGAACCGCUUUUCAAAGGACAUCAGUGGUAUUGAUGAUAUUGUGCCCAGAACUGUUAUCACCUUUCUUAGAACUUUCUUUAGUGUGGUCGGU